AGUGCUCCUGAACGCAACAGUAGGCUGCCUGGCUCUGUGAAGAUGGCGGACUGUAUACGUGUUCCUCUGCUCCUGCUCUGGAUGUGCAUCUUGUCGUCAGUACAUUCAACUAGAGCAGAUAACAAUAAUGUCGCCAAAUUUACUGGUAAUGCUGAUAACCCACAGAAUCCAGCCGGAGGUCUGGGACCGGCUGUGGUUAACGCAGGAGCCGCUGAGAGAAACCUGGGCGCUGGGGCCUCGCUCUCUCGGAGGCGCACUGCCGGCUGGAAGUUGGCAGAGGAGGCGGUGUGCAGGGAGGACCUGACCCGGCUUUGCCCUAAACACUCAUGGAACAACAACCUGGCGGUGUUGGAAUGUCUCCAGGACAAGAAAGAGGAAACCGAGAUUGCUACUGAAUGCAACCAUCUGCUGUGGAACUACAAGCUGAAUCUGACCACCGACCCCAAGUUUGAGUCUGUAGCUGUGGAGGUCUGCAAGACAACCAUCUCUGAGAUUAAAGAAUGUGCAUCUGAGGAGCCGGGCAAGGGCUACCUGGUGUCUUGCCUGGUGGAUCACCGCACCAACAUCAGUGAUUACCAGUGUAACCAGUAUAUCACCAAAAUGACCUCCAUCGUCUUCAGUGACUACCGACUCAUUUGUGGCUUCAUGGACAAAUGUCGCGAUGACAUCAAUGUGUUGCGCUGCGGCAGCAUCAGCACUGGAGAAAAGGACAUCCAUUCACAGGGCGAAGUGAUUGCCUGUCUGGAGAAAGGUUUGGUGCGGGAAGCCGAGGAACAGCCGGGAGCACACGCCAUCAAGGAAGACUGCAAGAAGUCCAUCAUGAGAGUGGCUGAACUCUCUUCAGAUGACUUCCACCUGGACCGCUACCUCUACUUCGCUUGUCGUGAGGACCGUGAACGAUUCUGUGAAAGUAUACUGGCAGGGGAAGGACGAGUUUACAAAUGUCUCUAUAAUCACAAGUUUGAAGAGGCCAUGUCUGAGAGGUGUCGUGAGGCCUUGACCACUAGGCAGAAGCUGAUCGCUCAGGACUACAAGGUGAGCUACUCGCUUGCUAAAUCCUGCAAGUCAGACCUGAGGAAGUACCACUGCAGCGUGGACACCAGCAUGCCCAGAGCCCGAGAAGCUCGUCUGUCUUACCUGCUGCUCUGUCUGGAGUCUGCUGUGCAUCGAGGUCGAGUGGUGAGUGGCGAGUGUCAGGGCGAGAUGAUGGAUUACCGACGGAUGCUAAUGGAGGAUUUUUCUCUGAGUCCCGAGAUCGUGCUGCACUGUCGCACUGAGAUCGAGAGUCACUGCUCUGGUCUUCACCGCAAAGGGCGGACGCUGCACUGCUUGAUGAGGGUCGGCCGAGGGGACAUGGGUGGAAUCGACCCCAACUGUCAGAGGGCGCUCCAGACUCUGAUCCAGGAAGCUGAUCCUGGAGCAGACUACCGCAUCGAUCGAGCUCUGAACGAGGCAUGCGAGUCCGUCAUCCAGACUGCCUGCAAACAUAUUCGCAAUGGAGACCCCAUGAUCCUGUCCUGUCUGAUGGAACAUUUGUACACAGAGAAGAUGGUGGAAGACUGUGAACACAGACUGUUAGAGCUGCAGUACUUUAUUGCCCGAGACUGGAAGCUGGAUCCCAUCUUGUAUAAGAAAUGUCAGGGUGAUGCAGCUCGGCUUUGCCAUACACACGGUUGGAACGAGACAAGUGAGAUGAUGCCGCCUGGUGCCAUCUUCUCCUGCCUGUAUCGCCAUGCUUACCGCUCUGUGGAGCAGGGACGUAGGCUCUCCAGGGAUUGUAAGGUGGAGGUGCAGAGGAUUCUCCACCAGAGGGCACUGGAUGUAAAACUGGACCCUGAGCUGCAGCGGCGUUGUUUGACUGACCUGGGGAAGUGGUGCAGCGAGAAGACCGAGGCUGGUCAGGAGCUAGAGUGUCUGCAGGACCACCUUGAGGACCUGGUGUCUGACUGCAGAGAUGUGGUGGGAAACCUGACAGAGCUGGAGUCAGAGGAUAUUCAGAUUGAGGCGCUGCUUAUGAGAGCCUGUGAACCUGUCAUCCAGGCCUACUGCCAUGAGGUUGCUGAUAAUCAGAUAGACUCUGGUGAUCUGAUGGAGUGUUUGGUUCAGAACAAACACCAGAAGGAGAUGAAUGAGAAGUGUGCGGUCGGAGUGACACACUUCCAGCUGAUUCAAAUCAAAGAUUUCCGUUUCUCAUAUAAGUUCAAAACCGCCUGCAAGGAAGACGUUCUUAAACUGUGUCCCAACAUCAAGAAGAAGGUGGAUGUCGUGAUUUGUCUCAGCACCACAGUAAGAAACGACACACUACAGGAAGCCAAGGAACACAGAGUGUCUGUCAAAUGCCGUAAACAGCUGCGAGUGGAGGAGGUAGAGAUGUCAGAGGACAUCCGCCUGGAGCCGGAGCUGUACGACUCCUGUAAGCAAGACAUCACCAGAUUGUGUCCGAACGUGCCAUUUGGCAAUGCCCAGGUUAUUGAGUGUCUGAAGGAAAACAAGCGUCAGUUAAGUUCCCGCUGCCACCAGCGGGUCUUUAAGCUGCAGGAGGUGGAGAUGGUUGAUCCUGAGCUGGACUACCAGCUGAUGAGAGUCUGCAAGCACAUGAUCAGGCGGUUUUGUACAGAGUCGGAGGGAAAGAACAUUCUUCAGUGUCUAAAACAGAACAAGAACAGUGAAAUGAUGGAUCCCAAAUGCAAACAGAUGAUCACAAAAAGACAGAUCACCCAGAACACAGACUUCAGGUUGAACCCAGUGCUGAGGAAAGCCUGUAAAGCCGACAUCCCAAAGUUCUGUCAGUCAGUCCUGAACAAGGCGACACCAGACAGUGAGCUGGAGGGUCAGGUCAUCUCCUGCCUCAAGCUCAAAUAUGCAGACCAGCGUUUGUCGUCUGAUUGUGAGGAUCAGAUCAGGGUCAUUCUGCAGGAGUCGGCGUUGGACUACAGACUUGACCUUCAGCUGCAGAUCCAUUGCACACAGGAGAUCUCUCAGCUGUGUCCAGAGGAGGCAGCAGCUCAGGAGCAGACGGGGCAGGUGGAGGAGUGUCUGAAGGUCAACCUGCUGAAGAUCAAACAGGAGGGAUGUAAGAAGGAGGUGUUGAACCUGCUUAAGGAAAGUAAAGCGGACAUUUUUGUUGACCCUGUCCUACACACAGCCUGCGCUCUGGACAUCAAGCACCAUUGUGCUGCCAUACCACCUGGCAGGGGGCGCCAGAUGUCGUGUCUCAUGGAGGCGCUGCAGGACAAACGCAUUCGUCUGCAACCUGAGUGCAAGAAGAGACUUCAGGAUCGCAUCGACAUGUGGAGCUAUGCUGCCAAGGUUGCUCCUGCUGAGGGUUUCUCAGACUUGGCCAUGCAAGUGAUGACAUCGCCCUCCAAGAACUACAUCCUGACUGUGAUUGCUGGAGGUGUGGCCCUGCUCUUCCUAAUGGGUCUGCUCUGCGGACGAUUCACUAAGCGUGUCACUCAGGAGCUGAAGGACAGGUAGACCACACCCACUCUGUGGUAAGGACACACCCACAGGAGAAACGACCACCGCUGAAAUAGGACUCUACCCCCUCCUUCCGUCAUUUACCCCUGCUACAACAACUCCACCUGCCUCUCAGUUCUUCUCACAGCGCUUUCUCAUCACUCCUGCUGCUUCCCACCUCCUCUUACUGUGUGAGUGAUGUCACUCACAGUUGUGCAAAGGAAAUUGGGCGCGAUGACUGACUCAUCUCAUCAUCUUCUACAGGAACUCGUCUUCUCUACUGGAAAGCCACAUCCACAACAUUUCUUCUUUAUCUUCUGAUUUUUUUUCCCUCUUUUAUGCAGAGCACCAGUUCCUCCAUCAGUUAUACCUGCACUCACCUGUAGUUGCAGUGUUUUUCUUUCCUCUCCACCCCUUUUACUGUGCUGGGGAG